GCGCCCAAUCACAAGCGACAUUCAGUCAGGUCCCCGCCCUCUAGGCGGGAGGACCCGUGAUCUAGCAGCGCGGAGGUCCGCGGACCCCGAGACUCGGUUCCAGUCUGGCUUCCCGCGAUGUCGGUGGCCUUCGUCCCGGACUGGCUGAGAGGCAAGGCGCAAGUCAAUCAGGAGACAAUCCAGCAGCUUCUGGAGGAGAAUGACCAGCUGAUCCGCUGCAUCGUGGAGUAUCAGAACAAAGGCCGGGCCUAUGAGUGCGUCCAGUACCAACAUGUGUUACAUAGAAAUCUCAUUUAUUUGGCUACCAUUGCAGAUGCCAACCCAACCAGUCCUUCAAAAGUAGUGGAAUAAUCUUCCAGUUGGCUGUUGUGAGGAGUAAUUGAAUGUAAUCCGUUUCCUGAGAAAUGGAGCUGGGAGCUUUACCAACUCGGCUGCGUAAAAUAUGAAUGAAACCUCUGUGGCUCUUUUAAAAGUAUGAAAGUAUGAAAAUAUGAAGAAGCUACCAAGUUAACUAUUUCAAUGUAAAUAUUUAUUUAAUAAUUAAACAGUUUCCCUCAAUUAA